AUGAUCAAGGAUGGAGAUGUGAUACUUGGAGGCCUGUUUCAGAUUCAUUUCUUUACAGUGUUUCCAGAACAGAGCUUCAGAACUGAACCAGAGCCACCAUUCUGUGAAAAAUUUGAUAUGGAAAGCUUCCAGCAAGCACAGACCAUGGCUUUUGCAAUAGAGGAGAUCAAUAAGAAUCCAAACUUGCUGCCAAAUAUCACUCUUGGUUUCCAUCUUUAUGACAACUGUGUGAGACUAGGAAUGGCAUUUCGGGCUGCCAUAUCCCUGGCUAGUGGGACAGAGGUGUCCUUCCAAAACUUAAACUGCACUGGGCCUCCACCAGUGAUUGGGAUUGUUGGGGAUCCAAGUUCAACUCCUUCUAUAGCGAUUUCCAGUCUUCUGGGGCUGUUUCGAGUGCCUAUAGUUAGCUACUAUGCCACUUGCUCCUGUUUGAGUGACAGAAAAAAGUACCCAUCCUUCUUCAGAACAAUUCCCAGUGAUGCCUUCCAAGUCCGGGCUAUGGUUCAGAUAUUGAGACAUUUUGGAUGGACCUGGGUCGGUCUCAUUUACAGUGAUGAUGACUAUGGUGUCAAUGCUGCCCAAUCUUUCCAUCAGGAAAUGCAGAUGUUUGGACAUUGUGUUGCUUUCUCUGAAAUUCUACCCCAUAAUAAUAACCAAAGAGAUAUUCAGCGCAUAAUGAGGGUGAUUCAGGCAUCAACAGCUAGAGUGGUGGUUGUUUUUUCAACUUCAUCCUUUCUGUUGCCUUUGAUAGAUGAGGUGGCGUCUCAGAACAUGACAGGCAGGCAGUGGAUUGCAAGUGAAGCUUGGGCUACGUCACCUGUAUACCAUUCUCCUCGUUUACUGCCCUUUCUGGGGGGCACAUUGGGCAUUGCUGUUAGGCAUGGAGAGAUACCAGGGCUUCAUGAUUUUCUAUUACAUCUCGGCCCCAGCAAUGAGUCAAGAAAUAAUAUGUUGAGAAUCUUCUGGGAGAACAUGUUUGGAUGCAGUUUUGAACCUGGGGGUAAAGACAAAAACGGAGAGAUAAAAGUGUGUACAGGUCAGGAGGAUCUAAGCACCACAAACACACCAUACACUGAUGUUUCAGGACUGAGGGCAGCUUAUAAUGUCUAUAAGGCAGUUUAUGCCCUGGCACAUGGACUUCAUGACCUGAUGCAGUGUGAGAAGGGGAGAGGACCAUUCAGGGGAAAAGGCUGUGCUGACAUAACUAAUCUAAAACCCUGGCAGCUGGUUCAUUACCUACAAAACGUGAACUUCACCACAGGCUUUGGGGAUCAUGUGUCAUUUGAUGAGAAUGGAGAUGCUCUGGCUAUUUACGAUGUGCUAAACUGGCAGCCAAGCUCUGAUGGAUCAAUACAAAUCUACACUGUUGGUGUUGUAAAGGAAGGGACAGAAACAGAAAUGGUGCUUACAAUAGAUGAGGAUGCAAUAUACUGGAACUUUGAGCCAAAAAAGUCUGUGUGCAGUGAGAGCUGCUCUCCAGGCACCAGACGGGCCACACGCAAGGGGCUUCCUGUAUGCUGUUUUGACUGCCUGCCAUGCAGAGAUGGAGAGAUUUCCAAUACAACAGAUGCUAUUGAGUGCAUGCCUUGUCCAGAUGAGUUCUGGUCCAGUCCAGAUAAGGAUCAAUGUGUCCCAAAGGAAGUAGAGUUUCUGUCCUAUGAGGAUCCCCUGGGCAUCUCUCUGACCACUGCUUCCCUACUUGGCACCUGCUUCUGUGUUCUUGUGAUGAUCAUCUUUGGUCUUCAUCGUAACACACCCAUAGUACGUGCCAACAAUUCAGAGCUCAGCUUCAUGCUGCUUUUGUCACUAAAAAUGUGUUUUCUGUGUGUGCUGCUAUUCAUUGGUCGGCCCCAGUUGUGGACAUGUCAGUUAAGACAUGCUGUGUUUGGCAUAAGCUUUGUCCUGUGCAUCUCCAGCAUUCUGGUCAAAACUAUGGUGGUAAUAGCUGUGUUUAAUUCAUCUCGACCUGAGGGCAAAGGAGCAAUGAAAUGGUUUGGAGCAGCUCAACAAAGAUGCACAGUUCUGGUCCUCACAGUCCUCCAGGUUGUCAUAUGUUCAGUUUGGCUAUCAACUGCCUCUCCAACACCUUACAAAAACAACCAGUAUAUACGCUCUAAAAUAGUCUAUGAAUGUGCCAUUGGCUCAGUUGCUGGUUUCUCUCUGUUGUUGGGGUACAUUGGACUGUUGGCAGCAGUAAGUUUUCUUUUAGCCUUCUUGGCAAGAAACCUUCCAGAUAACUUUAAUGAAGCAAAGUUCAUCACUUUUAGCAUGUUGAUCUUUUGUGCUGUUUGGAUUGCAUUUGUUCCAGCAUAUGUAAGCUCACCAGGGAAAUAUGCAGUGGCUGUGGAGAUAUUUGCCAUUUUAGCUUCUAGUUUUGGAUUAUUGGUGGCCAUAUUUGCCCCAAAGUGCUACAUUAUCCUUUUGCAUCCAGAGAGAAACACAAAAAAUGCCAUCAUGGGACGGGAAACACAAAAGAGAUAG